AACCGCGGAAAUUGCGCUGCUGUGCGUCCUGCACGUUUUCUGGAAUAAGGACUUAAAAGACUUUGCAUGUUGCGACCCCCCCCUCCCCCCCGCCCUGUCUCUCUUUCUCUCUCGGUGUCUCAUUCUCUUUUUUCCAAAGGAAACACUUGCAUGCAGGAUGUGGAAUAACGAAGGUGAGGAAAGAAGAAAAUCACUAUUUCAUGAAGAUUUUUGUUGUGAAAAAUCCGCCGUUGUCCUCCUGGGAUAUUUCUACUUAUUAUCCCCGCACGUUUAGAUUUUUAAAAAAGUCAAAUCUUGGCUACUGAGGAAAAAACUGUCAAAAUGAAUUUCUUUAACAGCUCUAGCCUGGAGGACGGGAUGGAGGCAGAAAACAUCUCCUCUAAUUCUAAUAACACUUCUCAGAGCGAGUACAGCCAGCUGGCCAUCUGGGGUCUGGCUGGACUGGUCAGCUUCCUCAUUUUGUUUACAAUAGUCGGGAACGUCUUGGUUGUCAUCGCUGUGUUAACAAGCAGAGCACUAAAACCACCCCAGAACCUUUUCCUGGUAUCCCUGGCCAGUGCUGACAUACUGGUGGCCACACUCGUCAUGCCCUUCUCUCUGGCAAAUGAACUCAUGGGCUACUGGUUUUUUGGUAAAAUCUGGUGUGACAUCUACCUGGCCCUGGACGUUUUAUUCUGCACCUCUUCUAUCGUUCACUUGUGCGCCAUUAGUCUGGACAGGUACUGGUCUGUGACACAGGCUUUAGAGUACAACCUGAAGAGGACACCUAAAAGAGUUAAAGGGAUGAUUGUGGUGGUGUGGUUGAUCUCGGCUGUCAUCUCCUUCCCACCGCUCAUAUCGAUGGAUAGGACCAGCAACGAGUCCAGUCCCCAGUGUAUCCUGAACGACGAGACCUGGUAUAUCCUCUACUCCAGCCUUGGAUCAUUCUUUGCCCCCUGCGUUAUCAUGAUCCUGGUAUAUAUCCGCAUCUACCAGGUGGCAAAGACCAGGACCAGAACUAUGUCAGAGAAGAAGAGGGAUGUGGACACCCCUCGGGAAAAUGGGAUAGACAAGGCUGAGCCAGGCGGGUCAAUGAAGUCCAACAGGGGCGGGAGCAUGAAGGACCAGGAACGUGAGAACGGGCACUGCCAGGAGCAGGCAGCUCAGUCCCCCCUACCGAAUGAGCCGAAGCACGUGUCAACAGACCACGACGAGGACUUUGAAGACAGCAGCUCAUCGGAUGAGAAGCCUAAAAAAAAUUCGACUUCGUCCAAACAUCACCACGAAGACAGGAAAGGCAGGAAGUCCAGCCGGAAGAGCAGCUCCGCCUCUAAAUACUCCAGCAGAAAGUCGCGUGCCAGUUCCAAGUCCAUGGAGCUGUUCUCGUCUCGCCGCAAACGCAGGAGCACCAUCAACCGAAAGAAAAUCUCUGCCGCUAGGGAAAAGCGCUUCACCUUUGUCCUUGCUGUCGUCAUGGGGGUAUUCGUCCUGUGCUGGUUCCCCUUCUUCUUCUCCUACAGCCUGUACGGCAUUUGCCGGGAGCCGUGCCAGAUCCCUGAGACCCUGUUCAAGUUCUUUUUCUGGAUUGGGUACGUUAACAGCUCUCUAAACCCGGUCAUCUACACCAUCUUCAACCAGGACUUCCGCAGAGCCUUCCAGAAGAUCCUCUGUAGGUCAUGGAAACGGUCUUUCUGAGGGAGGCGGGACUUCCUGCAUGGCUGGAUUUCGAAUAGACAUCUUCUCCCUUCAGACGUGCAUUUGAUCUGUUCUGAGCUGUGUGAUUAAGUGCUGGCCCGGGGGUGUUCAAACACCUUCACACUUUCAGGGAUUGCACUUGAAAUGAAGGGAUGCUUCACGGAUCAAAGUGUCAAAGGUACAGAGAUGGUGUUUAAAGUACAAGGGUUAAGCGCCGUGAUCAUUUUCACAGAGGAGGCUUUCAUCAAACGCCAUUCAGGCUGCUAACGGACUCUGAGGUGGGCCGCGCCACAUUCACCCUCCUCACUGACUAUCUCUCCCCUUGUUUAAUUACAAUGCACUGACUCACAACAGUUGACUGUGAUGCAUGCACACCACAGUGGGCUGCAGACGCGGAACUGCACAGGAGGAGAGUGGUUUACGGAGACACUUAAUUUAUAAUGUGACCUCAUUCACUGACUAUGAUGCGAAGGCCUUGACAAUCUCCUCACAAUCGCUGUGUGAGGUGAGAUAGAGGGAUCACCCAUCUCUCUCCGUCUCCUACUCAGAUUUUCUCUACCUUUCUAUUAUGAUUCCACAUGAGGACCAAUGGGACGAAGGGGCUUCUUGCUUACUGGUUCAGUAGCAAAACUGUUCUCACAAAAAAAAAACUCAUUCUCAAAAGCUACCAAGUUAUAUUUCUGCUUCAGUGUUUUGUGUUAGGCUCAAGUGUCUACUGUGGGAACUGUGAGGAAAACUAUACAUCAGGACUUGUGUAUUUGUUUUUGUGAACUUGGACUGCGUCCAGAUAUGCUGGGAUGUAAAGUCGAGUGGCAUCUCAAGCACCCUCCUCUCCCCUCUGAGAAAAUAGAUGGAAUACAGGAGUAUCCGUGGGACAAAUGUGUGUGUGUGGGCGUGUGUGUGUGAGUGUGUGAAAGGGAAAGGGAAAGAAAGGACAAAGUGAAUUACAUAGGAACUGUGUUGUGAUAAAGCGAGACAAGAGAGUUAACCGCAUCUUAUCCCAACUGCCAGUUAGUGAUUAUGUGUUAGUUUGUGUGUGUGUGUGUGUGUGUGUGUGUGUGUUUGUGUUGUUGUGUUUGUGAGCCUGAUUCUCCCUGGUCAAAUGUCUUUCUCUUCUCCCCCCUUCUAUUUUCUGUCACAUGUUCUUUCUCUAUCUUAAGCACUUAGCCACAGAAAAAAGCCAAACACCUUAUUGCUCUGUUUUAUUAUCUGCUGCUUGCACACACAGGGACACACACGCACAUUGGUAUUGUAUCCAUAAAGACAUAAAAUGACCUAUACAGUCAAUAUUUUCAACUUUACAUUUCAAGCAUUUACAGCCAGAAGUGCUUAUGCUUUUUUUCCUUGUGUAAAUAAGUGAAAACACUACAGUAUUAUUGUGUGGCACCUUGUGACCACACACGUAUCAAUCUGAUAAAUACGUAUUGUUUGUAUGAUGAACAACGCUUUGAAGGGUUUUCAUGUGACACCGACCUCUGUCUUUUUCUAAAAGAACAAGUGUUUUCUUCUUUGCUUUGAACAUAUUGGAAAAGAUCAAAUAAA